UGGUUGUCGACUGCGCCAUUUUGCUUCGAGUGAGAAACGCUGUAUAUCGUGUUCUGUCUACAAUCCGGUGAGUGCUCGCGGGGUAGAAAGAGACUCAUUGGUCUAUUUCCACGAUUUUAUUCACAAAACGAAAACAUGUCAGACUCUUCGACAGCAGAUGUGGUGUCUGUAGAGGCGGGGGUUCGUAAGUUAUCGGAGCUGAGAGUGAUCGAUUUGAAGGCCGAGCUGAAGCGCCGAAAUCUCGACAUUAGCGGCAACAAGAGCCUGCUUUCAGAGAGACUCAAAAAGGCUAUUGAAGAAGAGGGCGGAAAUCCAGAUGAGAUUGUUGUACACCUUGAAAUAACGCCUAAGAAAACACCUAGGCGAACUUCAAAAGGAAAGGGCAAAGAUGAACCUGAUGAGGCUGAAGAUGGCACCCUUGAGGAGGACUCUGUUGAUGGCCAGGAGGACCCAGAUGCUAUCCCAGAUAACCUUCAUGAGAUGGAUAUCAUGGACAUGAAUGUUCUGGAUGAAGCCGAUAUGGGCAACGAAGGUGGGCCUGAUGGAGACGAAUAUGACGAAGAGGUCCUAGAUACUUUAUCAAAUGAAGAUAAUGCAGGCAGCCCGAGGGAGGAUGCCGCAAAUAACCACGAUGCGGAGGAUGCUGAUGAUGUAGUUCUGAGUAAAUCUGAUGUGGAGGAGGAAAUAAAGGCUAAUGACACAGACAUGGAUGAAAACCAGGAAGUGCCGUGUCAGCAGGAGGAUGAUGCAGAGCCUGGAUGCGAGGACACCAAAAGCAAAAAAGAAAGUGAGAAAGUAGCCGGGUCUUGUAUAUCAGAGCCACUUAAGGAAGACUUCGCUGAAGAGCCGACUGAAGACGAGAAAUCUUCAGUCUGGGAUUCUCACAAAGAGGAAGACAAUGUGCACGACCUUGCUAGCGCAGAGGAGGCCGCCAAUUUGGAAGCGGGAUCGCCAGCCUGCGAAAUGGAGGUUGACGCAUCAAAGCAAAGUGAAGUCGAUUCAGCAAGCAAGGACCAAGAAAACGUUCAGGACAAUUUGGUGGACUCUGAGAGCACUUCCACUCAGGCCGCUAAUGCUAGCGAAACAUGUCUGCGCGAUAUCGAAAACGCAGUUGAUUCGGAAAUGGCGUCUAAAGGAGAAGCGGACGAGGAAUGCAAGAAGACUGAACCUGCUGAGUCUUCAGAAGUCAAAGAGUCCUCUGUAGAGGGUGGUGAUGAUCAGAAAAAGAGCGGUGAGGAGGAUACAUCAACCAAGCCUGAGUCGAAAGAUGAUAAAGGUAGCGCUGCUGCUAGCGGAAAGAACCUCUGGGUCAGUGGACUCUCUUCAACCACAAGAGCGACAGAUCUGAAGAAUCUGUUCAGCAAAUAUGGCAAGGUUGUUGGCGCGAAAGUAGUAACGAACGCCCGAAGCCCAGGGGCUCGCUGCUAUGGGUUUGUUACGAUGUGCUCUACUGAGGAGGCCACAACGUGCAUCAGCCAUCUGCACAGAACCGAACUGCAUGGCCGGAUGAUUUCAGUUGAAAGGGCCAAGAACGAGCCUGCUGGGAAGAAGCCUGCUGAAAAAAGCGAUGCCAAAAAGCCUGGCAGUGACAGAAGACUCUCCUCGGACUCGAAGACUGAGAAAUCUGAGAACAAGGAUGAGAAGUCUGAAAACUCUGAUGGAAAAGAACAAGGAGGAGAGAGAACUGUUGUGAUGGACAAGUCAAAAGGAGAGCCAGUCAUCAGCGUGAAGACAAAAAGCAAAGAACGAAGCACUAAGAGUCGUGACCGCAAAUCCUCUAGCAAGGAUAGGAAGGACAUUUUGUCAUUUGACCAAAUCAAGGAGCAGAGAGAGAGAGAGCGUCAGAGGCAGAGGGAACGAGAGAUUAGAGAAGUGGAGAGACGCAGGCACUCUGGCUCGCGAGACCGCGACAGCCGUUCGGAACGCGAGCGCAUCCGCCUCUUUCGGGAGCGGGAGGAGAGGGAGAGACUGUUGAGGAAGCGCAACUUUCUGGAGGUGGAGAAACAGCGUCUGGAUGCCGACCGCAGGGAGCGCGAGUUCCUUGAGCGCGAACGUCUCCGAAUUGAGUAUGAGCGGCGACGCGAGCAGGAACGCAUUCAUCGGGAGAGGGAGGAGCUGAGACGGCAACAGGAUCAGCUACGCUUUGAACAGGACCGACGUCCCAUCAAGAGGCCUUUUGACAUGGAUGGCAGAAAAGAUGACUGGCAGAUGAAGAGAAUGACAAUGGAUGAUCGCUAUGGACGGUCGGACUUUGGACGCCAAGACCGCUACCAAGACUUUGACCACCGAGACCGCAGCCGCUAUCAGGAUGAUGUGCUAGACAGGAGAGACAACCGAGGUGGUAUGUCAGGAGACAACCAGCACUUUUCAGAUCGGGAAAGACAUGGCAGGGACAGUCGUGACAAUUGGGGUGGCGGAUACGACAAGCGUGGGAUGAAUCCCAUGAGGCCGGUGCCAGGCAGUCGUGACAACAGGGACUGGGAGCCUGGCCGUAAAAUGGACACGGACAGAAACUGGCAAGGAGCAGACCGAGGUGUUCCGGGACAGGGUCACAUGGCACGAGGUGGAAUGGCAAGCCGAGGUGGAUACAUACAGACAGGGACAGCCCAGUCACUCUCUGGAGCUUUAAAUCGACCGAAUCAAAUGAUUCAGGGUAGCGGUAUACAAGGUGGCGGAGCCUUUGGUCGACGCUAUUAACUUAAAUAUCUGUUAUGUGAAAAGAAACUUUGCAGCUUGUACAUUUGCCAAUCAUGCUUUGUUGUUGUAUUUUUAAGUCCACUUUUAUUUUGAUGGUGUAAAGACAAACAGAUAAUUGGUUAGAUUUUUUUUUAAUUAUUAUUAUUUUUGUCCUCCCCUCCAUUCCACGUUUAGAUUUUAGGCUUUUCUGUUUUUCACUUGUUGAAUGCUCAGGAACGUUUUGCUAAAAUGGAACCUGUCUUUAAAACCAUGAAAUUGUUGUUCAAUUGUUUUUGAUGUUACAAUAAAAGUGUGGAGUUUUCUUUACACAAAGGUG